CCUGGCGCGCCGUCCGAGCCACUCAGAGCGCCCGGCGGCCGACACCCGGGGGCCCUACAAGUAAUACCCGGCGCCCGCCUGCCGCGCCGGGACUCGCGCGCCCGCACUCGGGAACCGAGGCUCCCGGUCGGCCCUGACCUGCCUCUCAACUUGCUCUGCUCCGGCUGCGGCGGCGAGUCUGCCGGGCCCUUCGCCGAGAGCCAGCUAGUGUGGGGACGGUGCCGCCGUCACCGAGGUCCCGCGCCAGUGUGCGCCUCCCCGCCCCGCGCCGCUGAGGAGCGACCGCCACCUUCGCUGCGGGGAACUUUGUGCGGGGGGUGGGGGGGCCGCCCGGCAGGUGGGCGACCGCGGCAGGCGAGCAGAACGGAGAGACUUCGAAUAGAUGACUUUGAAGACUUACAGAGCUGAGAUAUGAAGAUUUUGAAGUCAUUCUAUAUCUGAAGCUGAUUAAUAUCAGCAUUACAAUUUCAACCAGAGAAACUUAAACUGCGUUGGAUUACCAAGUCAAAGAAAAGUGUCAAGCUUUCAGAAAGAGUUCUGGCUUGAAGAUAAAGAACAGCUUGCUAACCACAAAAGAAGAGUCGAUGCUAAGAUUUUAACUGCACUUCCGAAAGUUGCAGAAUUAAGAAAAAUCUUUGAACCAAAGAAGAAAGAAUUUUUAGAAAUGAAAAGAAAAGAAAGAAUUGCCAGGCGCCUUGAAGGAAUCGAAACAGACUCGCAGCCCAUCCUCUUGCCGAGCUGCACGGGGUUAGUGACUCAUCGCCUGCUGGAGGAAGACACGCCCAGAUACAUGCGAGCCACAGACCCGGCCAGCCCCCACACCGGCCGGUCCAAUGAAGAGGAAGACACUUCGGAUUCCUCGGUGGAAAAGCAGACCCGCUCCAAACUCUGCACCGAAACCUCAGGCGUCCAUGCUGACUCCUCCUGCAGCUCAGGCCUCAUGGACACCCAGGCUCUGGAGUCCAAAGCUGAGAGAAUCGCACGGUACAAAGCGGAAAGGAGACGGCAGCUGGCCGAGAAAUACGGGAUAGCACUGGAUUCCGAAGCGGACUCGGAAUCGCCCUCCCGAUACGCCAAGUCCAGGAAGGAUGCUGAUGCUGUUGACAAGAGGGGAGGGAAAGGUGACCGACAGCCCGAGCCAGGCAAAGAUUCGAGCUCUCUGUACUCCAGGCCCUGCGUGGUCGAAGCCAAAGACUAUGCCCUCCCUGGGGGCCACGGUCUUUCCGACACCGAGGUGCUGCUCAACGUGGAAAACCAAAGACGGGGUCAGGAGCCCAGCGCCACCGGGCCGGCCCGUGACCUGGCCCCCACGGUGGAGAGUUCCUCAUCCUUCCCGUUCCCCGGGCGAGACUGCACCUUCAGUGAAGUGCCAAGAUCCCCAAAGCAAAUGCACAGCGUGUCCCUCUCCUCGCCUCGGCCACCCGCCUCCCCGAGCCACUCGGCUGGCGACCUGCCACUUCCUUCUGAGGCCCGAGCCAGAGUUAAGGUUAGAGAAAAAAUGGUGAAAGAGGAGAGUGCUCGAAGCAGCCCUGAGGUGGCCUCCGAGCCCUUCACUCAGAGGAGACAUCAGCCAGUGCCCGUCCAUUGCUCAUCCUUUCAGUCAGAAAAUUCGGCCUUCGAUAGGGUCUCGAGCAAGGCAGCCAGCUCCACGGGACAGCCAAUCCGAGGCUAUGUCCAAUCGGCAGACCCCAUUCACACGGCCACGCUGGUGACCUCAGAGAUCCCAGAAAAUUUAUCUGAAUGCAGCUGGGGGGGGUCAGCCACCCAGCAUGUCAGAAAGCCUCCCACCUUGAAGGUUCUAGAAAGUGAGAGAAGGGAUACCCCAGUUCUCCAUAUUUGUGAAUCGAAAGCAGAGGAAGCUACGCUCUUCACUGAAGCUCUCGAGAAAAGCAGGAAAUCACUUUUGGCUUUGGAGGAUCACGGGCCUACGAGAAGCCACGAAGAUCCCUCUGGAAACGAAGACUUCAGCAAGCCUGCUGUGAGCACAAUCACCUCAGAACAUCAGAAGGAACCAGAGAGUCUGUCGCCCCCGCCUCCAGCUCAGCAACAACCCACUGAGAGGAUCAGCAGACAAGAAGUGGUUUUAUAUGUUCAGAGCCAGCCCGUGUCCCAAGAUGCCAGGGCGACAGGCCACAGAAAGGAAGUCCUGACGAAGAAACGCAAGGUCCUCACCCGCUCCCUGUCUGACUACACGGGCCCCCCUCAGCUGCAGGCCCUGAAGUGUAAGGCCCCCACGUCCAGGCAAGAACCAGAGCUGCAGAGUUCCAAAGCUGAAGGGGCCCCCCCGGACGUCAGCAUGCUGGACACGAAGGUCUCUGUCGCCCAGCUCCGAAAUGCAUUUCUGGAGUCUGUCAAUGCCAACAAGAAAUCCGAACUGUCUGCUUCGAAUUCAGAAAUGCCAACUGCUGAGGAUGAAGAAAAGGUAGACGAACGAGCCAAGCUGAGUGUCGCUGCCAAGAGGCUGCUUUUCAGGGAAAUGGAAAAAUCAUUUGAUGAGAAGAACGCUCCAAAGCAACGCUCCAGAAAUGCUGCCGUGGAACAAAGACUACGGCGGCUACAGGACAGAUCCCACACGCAGCCCGUUACCACUGAGGAAGUGGCCAUUGCAGCCACAUUACAGGCAUCUGCUCACCACAAAGCUUUAGCCAGAGACCCGGCAAAUGAGGGUAAAGAUUCUGCUGAACAAGGUGAACCUGACUCCUCCACUCUGAGCUUAGCAGAGAAGUUGGCCUUGUUUAACAAAUUGUCCCAGCCAGUCUCAAAAGCUAUUUCUACCCGAAACAGAAUAGACAUGAGACAGAGGAGAAUGAAUGCUCGCUAUCAAACUCAGCCCGUCACACUUGGAGAGGUGGAACAGGUGCAAAGUGGAAAGCUCAUACCUUUUUCACCUACUGUUAACACAUCUGUGUCCACCAUGACAUCUACGGUCAUGCCAAUGUACGCAGGGGAUCUUCGGACAAAGCGGUCUGUGGACGACAACAUGAGUGCCGUUGACUAUAAGUUUCCUUCUUCGAUCGAAAAUUCAGAUUCUCCGGUUAGAAGCAUCCUGAAGUCCCAAGCCUGGCAGCCUUCAGCAGAGAGUAGUGGGAGCAGAGGAAUGUUGAGAGAGUUUGCAGAGACAGAAAGCAAAAGAGUCCUGACAGGUGGAGAUGGUGGUAAAAAGUACGGGUCCUUUGAGGAAGCAGAGCCAUCCUGCCCUACCUUUAACAGAAUCCGGGAAGGAGACAGCCUUAAGGAACCCAAAUACACUGUUCCAAGGAAGGGCAGCCUGGAACUAGCCCAUCCUCCCAUCGCCCACCUUGGUGAUGAACUGAAGGAAUUCUCCAUGGGUAAAAGCAUCGCACAGGGGAGCCCAGACUUGAAGGACAGGCAGCCCUUUGAAGAGAAGGUCGACAUGGAGAAUGUCCCAAGAAGGAAGUUUUCGCUAAGAGCGGCAGAGUUCGGGGAGCCCUCUUCUGAGCAGACGGGCACAGCUGCCGGGAAGACUGUGGCCCCGACUGCAGCCCCCAUGUCCUGGAGGCAGCAUGAUCCUGCAGAACCGGGGGAGGAGAAGUACUCCAGGAAUCCGUGUGCAAUGUUCGCUGCCGGAGACAUCAAAAUGCCUGCGGUGGAGGGCAUCCUUGAUUCAGCCAGCAAAACCAUGUCCAUUAAAGAAAGAUUAGCGCUAUUGAAGAAGAGUGGUGAAGAAGAUUGGAAAAACAGACUUAUCAGAAAGCAGGAGUAUGGCAAGGCGUCUGUCACCGGCAGCCUGCACAUACAAGAAGCGGAACAAUCCCUCAAGAAGAAGCGGGUCACAGAAAGUCGAGAGAGCCAGAUGACUAUCGAAGAGAGGAAGCACCUCAUCACUGUAAGAGAAGAAGCCUGGAAGACAAAAGGCAAAGGAGCAGCCAACGACUCCACCCAGUUUACAGUGGCUGGCAGAAUGGUGAAGAAAGGUUUGGCAUCACCCACAGCCAUAACUCCAGUAGCGUCUCCUAUCUGCAGUAAAACAAGGGGCACCACACCAGUUUCUAAACCCUUGGAAGAUAUUGAAGCCAGACCAGACAUGCAGCUGGAAUCGGACCUGAAGCUGGACAGGCUGGAAACCUUUCUAAGAAGGCUGAAUAACAAAGUUGGUGGGAUGCAGGAGACCGUACUCACGGUCACUGGUAAAUCUGUGAAAGAGGUGAUGAAGCUGGACGAUGACGAGACCUUUGCCAGAUUUUACCGCAGCAUGGAUGACAGUAUGCCUCGAAGCCCUGUGGAGCUGGACGAGGAUUUCGAUGUCAUUUUCGAUCCUUAUGCCCCUAAGUUGACCUCCUCUGUGGCUGAGCACAAGCGCGCAGUGAGGCCCAAGCGUCGGGUUCAGGCUUCCAAAAACCCCUUGAAAAUGCUGGCAGCCAGAGAAGAUCUCCUCCAAGAAUACACGGAGCAGAGAUUAAACGUUGCCUUCAUGGAGUCAAAGCGGAUGAAAGUGGAAAAGAUGUCCUCCAACUCCAACUUCUCAGAAGUCACUCUGGCCGGCUUAGCCAGUAAAGAAAAUUUCAGCAACAUCAGCCUGCGGAGCGUCAACCUGACUGAACAGAAUUCCAACAAUAGCGCGCUGCCCUACAAGAAGCUGAUGCUGUUACAGAUUAAAGGAAGAAGACACGUGCAGACCAGACUGGUUGAACCUCGAGCUUCGUCGCUCAACAGUGGGGACUGCUUCCUCCUGCUCUCUCCCCAUUACUGCUUCGUGUGGGUAGGAGAGUUUGCAAAUGUCAUAGAAAAGGCAAAGGCCUCAGAACUCGCAAGUUUAAUUCAGACAAAGAGGGAACUUGGUUGUAGAGCUACUUAUGUCCAAACUCUUGAAGAAGGAAUUAAUACACACACUCAUGCGGCCAAAGACUUCUGGAAGCUUCUGGGUGGCCAAAACAGCUACCAGUCUGCUGGAGACCCAAAAGAAGACGAACUUUACGAAGCUGCCAUAAUUGAAACAAACUGCAUUUAUCGUCUGGUGGAUGACAAACUUGUCCCUGAUGAUGAGUACUGGGGGAAGACUCCCAAGUGCUCCCUUCUGCAGUCAAAAGAGGUACUGGUGUUUGACUUUGGUAGUGAAGUGUACGUGUGGCAUGGAAAAGAAGUCACGUUGGCACAACGGAAAAUAGCUUUUCAGCUGGCAAAGCACUUAUGGAACGGAACCUUUGACUACGAGAACUGUGACAUCAACCCGUUGGAUCCGGGAGAAUGCAAUCCGCUUAUCCCCAGAAAAGGACAGGGGCGACCUGAUUGGGCAAUAUUCGGGAGACUUACAGAACACAAUGAGACUAUUUUGUUCAAAGAGAAAUUUCUCGAUUGGACUGAACUGAAGAGACCUAAUGAGAAGAGCGCCAGCGAACUUGCCCAGCAAAAGGAUGAUCCUAGGGCCGAAGCCAAGCCAUACGAUGUGGCGCGGAUGGUGGCGGUGCCCCAGGUGACAACAGGCACGGUGCUGGACGGGGUGAACGUGGGUCGCGGCUAUGGCCUGGUGGAAGGGGACGACAGGAGGCAGUUUGAGGUUGCCAGUGUCUCUGUGGAUGUCUGGCACAUCCUCGAAUUUGACUACAGCAGGCUCCCCAAACAGAGCAUUGGGCAGUUCCACGAGGGAGACGCCUAUGUGGUCAAGUGGAAGUACAUGGUGAGCACCGCAGUGGGAAGUCGGCAAAAGGGAGAGCACUCAGUACGGGUGGCUGGCAAGGAGAAGUGUGUCUACUUUUUCUGGCAAGGCCGGCAGUCAACCGUGAGUGAGAAGGGCACGUCGGCUCUGAUGACGGUGGAGCUGGAUGAGGAGAGGGGUGCCCAGGUCCAGGUUCUGCAGGGAAAGGAGCCCCCCUGCUUUCUGCAGUGUUUCCAGGGGGGGAUGGUGGUGCACUCUGGGAGACGGGAAGAGGAAGAAGAAAAUGCGCAAAGCGAGUGGAGGCUGUACUGUGUGCGAGGAGAAGUGCCCGUGGAAGGAAAUUUGCUGGAAGUAGCCUGUCACUGUAGUAGCCUGAGGUCCAGGACUUCCAUGGUUGUCCUCAACGUAAAUAAAGCCCUCAUUUACUUGUGGCACGGAUGCAAAGCCCAAGCCCACACGAAGGAGGUUGGAAGGACUGCAGCAAAUAAAAUCAAAGAACAAUGCCCCCUGGAAGCAGGACUGCAUAGUAGCAGCAAAGUGACAAUACACGAGUGUGACGAAGGAUCCGAGCCCCUGGGCUUCUGGGACGCUUUAGGAAGGAGAGAUAGGAAAGCCUACGACUGCAUGCUUCAAGAUCCUGGAAAUUUUAACUUCACACCCCGCCUGUUCAUCCUCAGCAGUUCCUCCGGUGACUUCUCAGCCACGGAAUUCAUGUACCCUGCCCGAGACCCCUCUGUGGUCAAUUCCAUGCCCUUCCUGCAGGAAGAUCUUUAUAGUGCACCACAGCCAGCUCUUUUCCUUGUUGACAAUCACCAUGAGGUGUACCUCUGGCAAGGCUGGUGGCCCAUCGAGAACAAGAUCACCGGUUCGGCCCGCAUUCGCUGGGCCUCCGACCGGAAGAGCGCCAUGGAGACCGUGCUCCAGUACUGCAAAGGAAAAAAUAUCAAGAGGCCACCCCCCAAGUCUUACCUUAUCCACGCUGGUCUGGAGCCCCUGACGUUCACCAACAUGUUCCCCAGCUGGGAGCACAGAGAGGACAUCGCUGAAAUCACGGAAAUGGAUACGGAAGUUUCCAAUCAGAUCACCCUUGUGGAAGAUGUCUUAGCCAAGCUCUGUAAAACCAUUUACCCACUGGCCGAUCUGCUAGCCAGGCCACUGCCCGAGGGAGUUGAUCCUCUGAAGCUUGAGCUUUAUCUCACUGAUGAAGACUUUGAGUUUGCACUAGACAUAACAAGGGACGAAUACAAUGCACUGCCCGCCUGGAAGCAGGUGAACCUGAAGAAAGCAAAAGGUCUGUUCUGAGCGGGAGAGAUGCUGGAGGAACCUCUGUCGUCACUUUCAAUACCAUUGGACCAGGGAAAUGGGUAUUUUUUUUUUUUUUGGACUGGUAUUAAAAAAAAAAAAAAAAGAUUUUUUAAUCAGUUUUCCAAAACCUGAAGUUAUUAGCUCUACUGCUUGUCCCAGAUUUGUGUAUUUUGUGAAUGUUUAAGCGGACCCUUUGGAAACUCUCUUUCCACGAUUCAACAGGUAAUGUUAAUAAAGGCGUCCCUAUGUGCACGUGUGCGGAAACUGCCGCACUGCCCACCUUUUUUGGAAGCAAUUCUCUUAAUAAAGUGUUAUUUUGAUAACUUGUGGGUUCUAAAAUAUAUAUAUUUAUAUAAACACCAUAUAAAGCAAAUAUGUAUUUAACAAAGCAAUAUGUAUUCAUUCACUCUUAAGAUUGUUUUUCUUUUGGUGUCAAAAUAAUAUUAAAAGGUAGAUGGAAUUGCUUCUGUGAAAUUAGCUCUCGCACCCCUGUGUAUCUUCACUCACGUUCAGAAACAUCUCCUUCAGCAUUAAGUCUGACUUAUUCUGAGUGCUGCUUCCGGUGCUAAAAUGAACAAAUGGAUUUGUACUUCCUGGCAUGGGCUCUGAAGAAUCUGUGCACAUCCACCUUUCUACCUUAAUAUCUCCCCGAAAUGUAUAGUGCCUUGUUUUUAUGUACAGUUUAUAUACAGAAAAGUUUGCUCUGCGUUUUUUUUUUUUUGAUGAUGGUUUGGAACAUUAUAUCCAAUUUUACUCUAAAAUAGUAGAAAUUUUAAAAAAUCUCAAAUUUCUAAUACCUGUUGUAAACACAAAAUAUGUCAUUUUGUGACACAGGACUCCAAAAUAAAAGCUUCAAGAAUAAACACAAUAAUUGAUUGUUUCA